CGGUGUUUUCUGUUUUUUCUUGCCGUUAGGAGGAUCGCUGACAGCUGCAGCCGCUCAGCGUUUGGUUCUGCAGGGAGACGCUGGUAAAGCAGCAGAGAUGGUGGUGGAACUUUAUCUGGACCUUUUCUCUCAGCCAUGUCGCUCCGUUUUUAUUUUUGCGAAGAAGAACAACAUCCCCUUCGAGUUCAAGAAGGUUUCUCUGAUGGACGGUGAGCAUUUUGGAGAUGAAUUUGGGAAAAUCAGCAAGAUCAGAAAAGUUCCAGCCCUUCGAGACGGAGACUUCUGCCUGGCUGAGAGCGUCGCCAUCAUGCUCUACCUGGCCGAGAAGUUCCGGACUCCGGACCGCUGGUACCCGGCCGACCUGCGGCUGCGCUCCCGGGUCAACGAGUUCCUGUCCUGGCAGCACACGGCCAUCCGGAUGCACGGCUCCAAGAUGUUCUGGAUGCGGCUCAUGAUUCCUAAGAUCAUGGGGAUCGACGUCCCGAAGGAGAAGAUGGACGGAGCGCUGGAGGACCUGAACGCCUCGCUGAACCUCAUCGAGGAGAACUUCCUCCAGGAUCGGCCCUUCAUCGUGGGGGACCAGAUGUCUCUGGCCGACCUGGUGGCCAUCGUGGAGAUCAUGCAGCCGCUGGGCGCCGGGCUGGACGUGUUCGAGGGCCGACCGAAGCUGAGCGCCUGGCGGGACCGAGUGCAGGCCUCCAUCGGGAAGGAUCUGUUCGACGAGGCCCACCAGGCCAUCCUGGGGGCGCAGGACGGCAUGAAGCAGGUGGAUCCCAGCAAACUGGAGCUCUUCAAGCCAAAGAUCCUCCGGCUGUUCUUCUGAGAAACAGAAUUAAACGGACGCCAUCAUGAAGCCUCAUCCUGUUUAACUUUUAUCCUAAUGAUCCCGCUUAUAUAAGGUUGACUAAACUGAACCUGGAGGUCUGGGAAACAAACGGACUGAUUAUGUAACCGAGGAGUGAAACAUGAUGCUUCUCUCAGAUUUCUGGAAUGUCGGUUGUUAGGCAAUCGGCUCAGUUCUUCUUCAUAACCUGUUUACUCUUUUUCUGAUUUAAUCUGUGCUAAUCCUGAACUUCCAAUAAACUUUUACUAAGUAACGA